AUGAUAUCAUUAGUAUUUUCUGAAAUUGCAUCUUCCUCAUUAUUACUUUUAGCUACUUUUUGGGUUCUUCGAUCUGCAAUCUGUUUCCUCCAUUUUUCUAAAUUUAUUAUUUCUCUAUUUACUUCACUCACUAAAUCACUUCUGGAAUCAUCAGAUGCAUCUUCAGAUGAUGCUUGAAUCCUUUCAACAUUUGGAUUAGUUUUUUGAUUCUGAUCUGUUCAAGCACAAUACAAUAACUUGCAUUAA